AUGGAUUUUGAUGAAUUUAUUGAAUCUUUGGAGAGUUUACCAAUUGAUUUAAGUCGUAAUCUUCGAUUAUUACGAGAACUUGAUGAUAAAAGUUUAUCAUUAAAAUCAGAA